GAGAGGAGGUGUCAGAUGCCUCUUCGAAACAACAAGCAACUGUCGUCUAGCUACGACCUGUUUUUCCUCUCGUACUGCUGAGGAGCAGCUGCUGGGAUGCCAAAGAAGUUCCAGGGCGAGAACUCCAAGGCGGCCACAGCCAGAGCUCGCAAGGCCGAGGCCAAGGCAGUGGCAGAUGCCCGCAAGAAGAAGGAGGAGGACGAUGCUCUGUGGCAGGAAACUGACAAACAUGUACUCAAAAAAGAGCAGAGAAAAGAUGACAAGGAGAAGAAGAGGCUGGAACUUCUGGAGAGGAAAAAGGAAAACCAGCGACUUCUGGAUGAGGAGAAUGCCAGGCUAAAGGGCAGAGCCCAAAGGGAGGCUGCGGCUGCAGCGGCAGGAAAAGUGACUCGUGCCCAAAUUGAGGAGACACUUCAGCAGGAGCUGGAGCAGCAGCAGCAUGAGCAGCAGCUCAAGCCGAAAGAAAAGAGUCAUCUGGAUACUCCACUGGAGGAGAACGUGAACAGAAUCAUCCCCGAGGAAGGAACUGAAGAAGCUAGAACAAUAGAAGAUGCCAUCGCUCUGCUCAGCACGGGACCUGAGGAUCUGGAUCGCCACCCAGAGCGGAGGGUGAAAGCAGCGUUUGCUGCCUAUGAGGAGGUCAACAUGCCUCGCCUAAAAAAGGAGAACCCUAACAUGAGGUUGUCUCAGCUUAAGCAGCAGCUGAAGAAGGAGUGGAUGAAGGCACCAGAAAACCCCCUGAACCAACGCUUUGCCACCUUCAAUUCAAAGUGAAUGCACUUUCCCCCAUAACUCCAUUUGAAAACUGUAUACCUAUGCACAUUGGAGACUUAUAUUGGAAAAUUCAAUUAUUUCAUCUAAAACUGAGUGUUGCUGAUGAAAGCUUCACCACAGCUCGCACAGAAACAAUAUCUUGUGCCAGAGGACUCAGCUUCAUUGUUCCAUUCACUAGCCAGGAGAAAAUAAUUUUCUGCAAUCCAGGUCACAACUGAUCAUCAUGUCUGUGCGCAUGGCCUCUAAUGAGACAUUUCAUCAUCUAAUAAAUUUAAUUACACUUUUUUUUUCUAGCACUCCUGGGAAGGUGGGAAACCAGAUGUUUUGAGAGUAACUUAUUAAAGUUCACCACUCGAUCAUCAACAUCUUGUGUCCCUUUUAAAUACAAGUGUUCUCAGCUGAAGUUUUGCCAACUGCUGCUGGCGUGGUUGCUUAUU